AUGUCUUUUGAUAAUUCAAAUAUAGGUAAAACAGGAAUUUACGGUUCUCCAUCACCACGUAAAAAGCGGAAUAAUUCCACGCCUGUCAAGAAGAAUGCCACCGAAAAAAAGCAAAUAUUACAACAAUUAGUUUCGCCGGCCGUCGCUCAAGCCAAACCCAAAGUGAGCCUGGAUGAACUGAUAUCGAUGUCCGAGAAUCGAUUGCGUGUGAAUAACAUUGAUUCUGAGAGCGAUCUUAAGGAAACAACUUUCUCAGAGAAUUCUGGUUCCUUAGCCUCAGGGUCCAUGCCGCGCAACAUAACCGAUCCGAAGUUGGAGAAAAAGGUCACUUUUGCACGUCUCUUAAAUAAAGUUUCUGCAGAGAUGAGCUCUGGUUCAGAGAUCGACAUUGGUCAAAUGGGGAGCACAAGGAACUCUAGCGCUCUUAGUUUGCCAACUGAUAUACAAUUUCGCGCCAGCUCCAUGCCCCCAUCACCGUGCACAAAUGAUAUACGCUCACCGCAUAGCACCUCAUCGAAUCAGGGCAGCGAUUCAUUGUCCAGUUCAGAUCUGGCCCUCACCGAUUUUGGCCUUCGCUCAAUACAAAACAGUGGCAGUGAAAUCGGUGGCACAAGCCAUCAACUCAAUAGCUUAGCAGCCGGUAUACCGGCACGUUGUCGUAUUGGUUCGCCAGCACGUCCAAAAGUAUCCAGUGCCGAUUCAAUAUUAGCAAUGUUUCGUAAUUUUGGUUCGAUAUCAACGACUGCUUCAAUUACAGCUAACAAUAUAAUGCCUUCAACCACAUCGAUAUUUAUAUCGCCAUCGACAACUCCUACUGUUUCCAGUCCACAAGACGAUGCACCUGGUGAUGAUGAAUCAUCAACAUCAUCUAUGCAUACACCUGUCAGUUUCUCUAGCGGUCCACCGGACUCACCUGUAUUUUAUCGCCAAACGACUAUUGAAGUGCCAGUGCUUGAUGUUUUAAAUGCGCACAAAACAUCAUCGCCAUCGUCGUCUACAUCGUCUAGUUCAACGAAUUUAUUACACCCACCGACGAUUCUACUUGAAAUACCAAGCAAUGGCAUAAAUAAUAAAUGCUUAUCACCAAUACGAGAAAUGCCCACACCGAUUCCAUCACCAGCGCUUACGCCUAUCAUGCCUAGGCCACAACGUUCAAACAGUCCAAUAUUUCAAGAGGAUCCGUUAUCUAGUGGAGAUUUUAGUGAUGAUGAAAUCAAAAGUGAACGCAGUGAACGUAGUGACGCACAACUAUCAGAGAGAUUAUUACUUGGUUUACAACGCAAUCGUUCUGACAACAUUGACACUGAUGUGGAGACGACGCCUACAGAUACUACAACUACGUGCAUGGCAGAUAUCAAUAAGCCACAUCCUUUCAAUAAGUUACCAUUGUUGCAUAUUUCUCCAGCGCCUACUUUACCGAUGAAUGCGCUCAUACCGCCAAUGAUUACUAUAGACGUAGAACCACCAACGCCUGAAGAUAAAGCUAUACGUCCUCGUGAUCUGAUUAUACCAACAUUAACGGUGGAACAGCCGAGUCCUACAAAAAAUCGUUAUCCAAUGAUUAUAUUUCCAGGAUCUCCGCCACCGCAACGCGCCAGCAUAGGUGAAACCAGUUUUAUGUUUCCAAAUAAACAACAACAAAAAAGGCUCUUAAAACAAUUCGAGAAGCCAACAUCGUUGGAUUUUCCUUUUGUGCCACCAAUGAUUACAAUAACCUCGAAUAUGAGUGAAAUGGAAUCUGACAAUGAGCCUAUGUCUCCAGCUGUCAAGACCACUGGUGGCGGUGGCUUGAUGCCACCCAAUCCAGUCGGCAUGUGCUACCUUAGUCCAUUUACAAUGUGUGGACGAGCUGACCGCACAAUAUCCGAAAGUAAUCUAAGCUCAUCGGGCUAUUCGAGUAUGGCUAGCCCUGGUCCAAGCCGUUGUGGUUCCAGCAAUCCACUUUGCCCAAAUGAAAUGGAUGAACCAGGUAGUGGACAUUCUGGUGCUGGUCUUUCAUUGCAUGUUAACCUCAUGAAUCGACGCCGAAAUUCGGCAUUAUCAAGUUGUAAGGAAAAUAUAACUAAUGGCAAGAGCACAGGUACAGGAAGCAGUGGGGCUAGCGGUAGCAGCACCGAUCGCCUACAUGGCAAUAGGCAACGUUCAGAUUCGGAGACUUUUUCCGAUGACAUUUUACUUGAAUCCAAUGACGAGGGAAUUGGUACCGAUCAUGUUGACGAGAAACUAGAAGAUAAUCGUUUAAAUAACACUCGUUUGAGAGAACUCGAUGUAUUUAUGGAAGAACAAAUUCUAAUUGAAGUUGACGAGCCGCAAACACUUAGUAAUUCGGGUAAUAUGUUACCGAAUGUUAAUCAAAUGUCACAAUUACAACUGCCAUCUAUUGUGAUACAAAUUGAUGGUAACGAAAAAGGACUAUCACCGGUAUCAUCACGUUCAGAGAGUCCACUUAGCGAUCGUGCUGGCUUGGGUAGAUUUUCACCACAUUUCUAUGGUCGUAAAGAUCAAUUACCAUUUACUGAUUCCGAUGGUUUGUAUGAUUUUCCAUCAUCCGAUGGUAAAGGUGCAUCAGCACAUUCCUAUACUCAUCAGCGUCGUAGCAGUAGCAAGAAACGAGAACGAAAAUCAUCAAAGUGCUCAACAUCACAAUCGCCUACAAAGCAACAAUUGGAAGUGCCAUCAAAGGAAUCAUUGAACACAAAUACUACUACCGGUAUACAACAUGUUUGUAACAAACAUUGUCAUUCACAUAAUCACCCAUGCCCUGCCGCUACAGUAACAACAAGAAAAAGUCCUAAAAGACGUAUACUCAAUCGUUUGCCAAUAGCGAGUAGCUCAUCCUCUUCCGAAAGUCUAACGUCAACAAGAGAAUUAUCGAUACGACCGCUGCCAAGAAGACUUAAUUCACCCAACAAAGAGAGAAAACCUCGCAAACAAGAAAGCCUUAGUGAGGAUGAAGUGGCUGAUGCACUGUUGCGUCGCAUCUCACCAAGCAUAGUUAAGGAAGUGGAUGUUGCCAAGCCCAAAUGUAAAAUAAAUAGAUUACGUGCUAUUGGAAAUCAAAUAAGAUUUCUGAGACGUUUGGAAAAGUCAAUUAAAACGCGUGAACGUCUGGCAUCGGCAUCGGACAGUUGUCCUGAGGAAAAUACCGAUGACAUGGACUCUCCACAAGCAACUUCCCCGUUACUGCAGCCCACAUCACCGAACAAAACGCGUGUAGCGCUUUGUCGACAAAAACGUUUACCCGGUGGGACUUACGGCAUUACAGCAUCUGCUUUAAGCACGAGUAGUUGGAAAGGCAUGGAUCGUAGUCUAAUUGGAGAUGACUUAAACAGCGAUUAGUUAAGUUCUACGAAUUAAGUUAGUUUCAUAUUAUUACCUCUUUUAGUAUACAGUAUAUACAUUU